GUUUUUGUUGAACACCAAUUAGAAAUUAGAAUAUCUUAAUGUACUUCAGAAUACACGCCAUGCUUUAGACCAUUUUAGCUCAAUCCUGCGUGGAUAUCACGUUAGCUGUCCGGGGAGCUUUAUUUCCUCCAACUCACCCCUUUGGCAAUCCCUUGCCCUUUCACUCUUUUCUUACUUCCGCUAGAAACAUCUGAUUCGGAAUCGCCACAGAGAGGACAUAUAUACGUAUAAUAUACUACCAUGGCUACUACCGAGUCUGAGCACGAGCACAGGGAGGAGGAGGAAGUCGCCGGAGCGGAUGAUGAGGACACUGGAGCACAGGUUGCGCCUAUCGUUAAGCUUGAAGAGGUGGCUGUAACAACUGGCGAGGAAGAUGAAGACGCCAUCGUCGACUUGAAGUCGAAACUUUAUCGAUUUGAUAAGGAUGGAAAUCAAUGGAAAGAGAGAGGCGCCGGCACAGUCAAGCUCUUGAAGCACAAGGAGACCGGAAAAGUGCGCCUAGUUAUGCGCCAGGCUAAGACACUUAAGAUUUGCGCUAAUCAUCUCAUUUUACCAUCAAUGACUCUUCAAGAGCAUGCUGGCAAUGAGAAGUCAUGUGUGUGGCAUGCUGCAGAUUUUGCAGAUGGUGAGCUAAAGGAUGAGCUCUUCUGUAUUCGAUUUGCUUCCUUGGAAAAUUGCAAGACAUUCAAGGAGACAUUCCAAGAGGUUGCAGAGUCUCAGAGUAAGAAAGAGGAAGACAAGGAUGCGUCUACUGCUGCUGGACUGCUUGAGAAGUUAAGCGUUGAAGACAAUCAGAAGGACAAAGAGGAAAGUGAGGAGCCAGUGAAAAAAGAUGGGGAGGACAAGGCAUCAACAUAGGCAAGAAGGCAGUGUUUGUUUAUUGCUGAGGUUUGUCGGGUAAUGUGAUGAGGGGUAUGGUGAUGCUAAACCAAUAUGUUACGAGUAGUAGCUUUUCGUGUUUGGGUGAAUUCCAAUUCAUCCUCUGAGUUUAUCUUCAAAGUCUCUUUUAAGGUACUUCGUAUGCUGGCUGGUUAAGUGUAAGGUCCCUGCGGGCUAUGGCUUUGGUUGACAUUUUCUUGUUCCAGAUGGAAUUGUUAUUGUUAUUAUCCCAAAAAAAGAAUAUGAUUUUGCCAUUUGUCCGUGGGAUAUGUGGAUGGACAUUCUACGUUCUGUAGUAUCAUAUGAACAGUGCUAAUGGUUAAAAAUGAGUUACGUCUUUCUUGGUCCAUGUGCUGCUGUGAAUUAUUUUUGUUUAUUUAUUGAAAUGAGACUUAAAUCACUUGAUGUAUCCUUGGCAAUCUGGUUUGCUCUAAGGACCUUUCCCAUGAAAAAGUAUAAAAAAGUAUUAUGUGGUAA